AUGAUUGGCAGAGGAGAGUGGGGCGUGGCGGUGGGGUUUCCUUUGGCUGCGAUAAAGGCGGUGAACUCCAAGGCCGAGGUGGCGCGGGCCCAGGCUGCCUUGGCGGUCAAUAUAUGCGCUGCCCGAGGGCUGCAGGAUGUGCUGCGGACCAAUCUGGGCCCUAAGGGCACCCUGAAAAUGCUUGUUUCUGGUGCAGGUGACAUCAAACUCACCAAAGAUGGCAAUGUACUGCUCCAUGAAAUGCAAAUUCAACCCCCAACAUCUUCCUUGAUAGCAAAAGUAGCAACAGCUCAGGAUGACAUCACAGGGAAUGGUACUACUUCAACUGUUCUAAUUAUAGAGUUACUAAAACAAGCUGAUCUUUACAUUUCCGAGGGUCUGCACCCUAGGAUAAUAGCUGAAGGAUUUGAAGCUGCAAAGAUAAAAGCACUUGAAAUUUUGGAGGAAGUUAAAAUAAAAAAGGAGAUGAAAAGAGAAAUCCUCUUAGAUGUGGCUAGAAUUCUAUGAAAUAAAGUUCAUGCUGAACUGUCUGAUGUGUUAAUGGAGGCUGUGGUGGAUUCUGUUUAGGCUGUUAGAAGACCGGGUUACCCAAUUGAUCUCUUCAUGGUAGAAAUCAUGGAGAUGAAGCAUAAAUCAGAAACAGAUACAAAAGAGGUGAACUCUGGUUUUUUUUUUUUUUAUAAGACUGCAGAAGAAAAAGAGAAAUUGGUAAAAGCUGAAAGAAAAUUUAUUGAAGAUAGAGCACAAAAAAUAAAAGACCUGAAAGACAAAGUUUGUGCUCAGUCCAGUAAAGAAUUUGUUGUCAUUAAUCAAAAGGGAAUUGAUCCAUUUUCCUUAGAUGCUCUUGCAAAACAUGGAAUAAUAGCUCUUCACAGAGCAAAAAGAAGAAAUAUGGUAAGACUCUCUCUUGCUUGUGGUGGAUUGUCUGUGAAUUCUCCUGGAAAUCUCACUGUAGAUUCCUUGGGACAUGCUCGUCUUACAUAUGAGUAUACAUUGGGUGAAGAAAAAUUCACUUUUAUCGAGGACUGUGUUAACCCUCACUCUGUCACCAUGUUGGUUAGAGGACCAAAUAAGCAUACUCUCACAGAAAUCAAGGAUGCCAUAAGAGAUGGACUUUGUGCCAUCAAAAAUGCCAUUGAUGAUGGUUGUGUGGUUCCAGGGGCUGGUGCAGUUGAAAUAGCAAUAGCUGAAGCUCCUGUUAGGUACAAGCACAGUCUAAAAGGAAGAGCUCAUCUUGGAGCCCAGGCUUUUGCUGAUGCCUUACUCAUUAUUCCCAAGGUUCUUGCUCAGAAUUCUGGUUGACCUCAAGAAACACUAGUAAAAGUUCAAGGACAUUCAGAAUCAAAACAACUUGUUGGCAUAGAUUUGAAAGCAGGUGAGCCAAUGGUAGCCGCAGAUGCAGGAAUUUGGGAUAAUUAUUGUGUGAAAAAACAACUUCACUCUUACACUGUGAUUGCCACCAACAUUCUCCUGGUUGAUGAAAUUAUGCGAGCUGUGAUGUCUUCUCUGAAAGGGUGA